AUGCCUCCCAAAUCCAAAUCCAAACCCAAACCCAACCUCAAAAAAGACCUCCCCUCUAAAUCCAACCCCAAACCCUCUACACCUAAACCGAACUGGCCACCCCUCCGCCCCCUAAUCCCCCCAUCAGACCUCACCCUGGAGCCCCUCCUACAUGACCAGAUCUACCUAAUCCCGAACUUCUUCCCCGCGUCACUGUGCAAAAUCUACGUGUCCUUCCUGGCGUCGUUGCCGAUGCUCACGACGCCCGGGAAGCCGAAGAAGGACGAGGCGGUGCGCGUGAAUGAUCGGUUCCAGGUGCAGGAUGAGACUUUUGCGGAGAUGGUGUGGCGGGAUACGGCGCUGAGGGAGUUGGUGGAGGAGAGGGCGGGAGAGGAGGAUGAGUAUGAAGAUGAGGAUGGGGGGAGAAGAACUCCCGAGGAAAUCUGGGGUGGGAAGCCGUUAGGCUUGAAUUCGAAUAUUCGCAUCUAUCGGUAUUCGAAGGGUCAGUUUUUCGGGGCGCAUUACGACGACUUCAACAACGUCACGUUCUCGUCGCCGUCGUGCCCGGCCCAACCGGCCCGCACGACCUGGACACUCCUGAUCUACUUGACCACCUGCACGGGAGGCGAGACCGUCUUCUUUCCCGAAGCUACGAGGGAGAAUCGCAAUCCGAGUCCAGUGUCUGUGGCGCCCCAGACUGGCAUGGCGCUACUCCAUCGCCACGGAGACGCCUGCAUGCUGCACGAAGGGAAGGAGGUGCUGGCGGGGGAGAAGUGGGUGCUGCGAAGUGACCUGGUGGUGGAGCGGUGA